AUGUCUUUCGCUGAGGGAUACUUUGAAGUAGAGUCGAGAAUCAUCGACCGCUUGGCCAGACUUCCAUAUGUACAACAAUUCGUUCACGACAAGAUAAGUGGUAGAAUUACGCUGUUCCUGCUAGUUGUGGGCACAAUGGCGUUCAUCAAUGAGCUAUACAUAACCAUCGAGAUGACUUUUUUGCAGAAGGAGACUUACGAGGAGUUAAACAAGGGCUAUAUCGAUGAAAGCUUGAAGUUACAUAGGAUGAUUGUCCAGGAUAACUAUCACAGCCGAGAAUAUCUUGAUGAGAAGAGCGGGAUUGUCAUCGAGGAAUUCGAGGACAGGGACAAAUUUUUCGCCAAACCUGUCCAUGUAGCUCACUUAUACGCCAUGUGUAACGUUUUGAAAGACGGCAAGCCCGUCCUGGCAAAGCCUCUACAAUUUCACAUCGAGUUCUCACCAGAAGACUACGAAGAUGAGAGAAGACCUGAGUUUGGUUGUAGAUUGCGGGUAUUGAGGACCAAACUCUACCAUUUCUUCAAAGAUACGCAGCUAUUCUCAGAGCUCGUUAAAAAGCCCGAGAACUUCACUGUAUCUGAUAGUGUCAAGAUCUACAACAGCGCUAGCGAGCCACUGCCUUGCACCAUCGACGACGUCCAGUUAUGUUUCCUCAAGAUAGAGACCGGCGAUACUAUCCAGUGCGAUCUGAUCAUUUGA